AUGAUCGAUUUUUCAAAAAAAUUCAGACGGAGGAGGCAAAAGAGUCAGGUACGGAGCUCAAGGGAAGGGCCUCAUCUUGGAAUAGGUUGCGAGGUGCUGGAUAAGACUGAUGAUGCUCAUUCUGCUAGAAGUGAGAAGAGCCGAAUACCACCUGGAAAGCAUUAUGAAAGAAAUGGGGGUGCUGAGUCUGGUCAAAGAGUUCCUCCUGGCACGAGUCCUGUAGAUGUGCAAUCAUGCGGUGAUCCAGAUUAUGUGCAGUCGAUAGCUGGAAGUACAAUGUUGCAGUUUGCAAAAACGAGGAAACUAUCUAUAGAACGGUCGGACUUGAGGAAGUAUGUUUGACGCUGCUGUAGUUCUCUGGGAAAUUGGGCUCAAAGUUGGCUACUUGC